UAUUUAUAGAGUACUUUUCUAGACACUCAAAGCGCUUUACAGAGAAGUGGGAACCCAUCAUUGACAUCCCUUUCACACCCUCCUUUCACUUCUUCUUCUUCUUCUUCUUUUACCGCCACCACUUCUUUCACUUCUUCUUCCUCUUCUUGUACUUCGUCUUUUUCUUCCAGCACCACCACUUUCCCCACUUCUUCUUCUUUUUCAGGUGCACGCUCCACCGGCUGUGCAUUUGUUUCCUCAGCAGGGGGCGCCUCCUCUGCAUUGCCGUCUCCCUUUUCGUGCUCAUCCGCUAUUUCCUUGGGGGGGCACUCGCCGCCUCCCCCCACCUGUUCCGCCAGCGCUUGCAGGAGUCGGCAGUUCUGCCGGCUGCUUACUGCCAGCUGUGUGACCGCCUCCGGUGGUCCAGCUACGUUGGGCACCAAAUGUGGACAACUUUUCCUGUCGCUGCUUUGGUUCCACUGACCACCCAGGAAGGACAUAGCUUUUGCACAAGAGAGCUACUUGAAGCCAACAUGGCUCCAGAAAAGGAAAGCAAUGAGCCAGACAACUACGCAUUUGCGCUCAGGGGGCCUUUCUGUGACCUGCAAGACCCAAAACAUGGGGAAGAAGUCGACUCCUCCGUGGAUGAUGAGGGCAGCAAGCUGGUCUAUAGCGUGACAGAUGUACCGCCUUGGUACUUAUGCGCCCUUCUUGGUAUUCAGCACUGCUUGACGGCGUUUGGAGGCAUCAUUGCCAUCCCGCUGAUCCUUUCACACGGCCUGUGUCUUCAACACGAUGCCCUCACACAAAGUCACCUCAUCAGCACCAUUUUCUUUGUGUCUGGCCUCUGCACUCUGCUCCAAGUCACCUUUGGCGUCCGACUGCCGAUUCUCCAAGGGGGAACGUUCACUUUGCUGGGACCAUGUAUGGCGAUGCUGUCCAUGCCGGAGUGGAGGUGUCCUGCUUGGACGCAGAACGCAACUCUUGUCAACACCUCAUCCAGUGAAUUCAUGGAGGUGUGGCAGAGCAGAAUGAGAGCACUUCAGGGGUCCAUUAUGGUGGGCUCGCUCUUGCAGGUGGUUGUUGGAUUUUCUGGUCUGAUUGGCAUCUUCAUGCGCUUCAUCGGACCCCUCACCAUCGCACCCACCAUCUCUCUCAUUGGACUGUCUCUUUUCGACUCCGCUGGCAACAGUGCUGGGAACCACUGGGGUAUUGCCUCCUUGACCACAGCACUGAUCAUCGUUUUCUCGCAGUACCUCCGUCAUAUUCCUGUAUGUUUCCCAACAUACAGCAAGGAUAAAAACUUACAUACCUGCCGUGUUUACGUCUUCCAGAUUCUCCCUGUUCUGCUCGGAAUCGGUUUGUCCUGGCUGCUCUGCUAUAUUUUAAGUAUCCUUAACGUGCUUCCUUCCGACCCUGGCCAGUAUGGGUACCUGGCUCGUACGGACUUAAAGGGAGAUGUAGUGGCCAAAGCCCCCUGGAUCGUGUUCCCCUAUCCUGGUAAGAAGAUGGUACACGUUAAGAACAGGCUAAUGAUUGCAUUUAUGCACACCAAGUCCCUCCCUUUUGGCUUAGGUCAAUGGGGGAUGCCCACUGUCAGCCUGGCAGGGGUGGUUGGCAUUUUGGCAGGUGUGAUUUCCUCCAUGAUCGAGUCUGUUGGAGACUACCACGCAUGCGCCAAGUUAUCGGGGGCUCCGCCUCCACCUAAACAUGCCAUCAACAGAGGGAUUGGGAUAGAGGGGCUGGGGUGUUUGCUGGCUGGAGCCUGGGGGACAGGAAAUGGUACCACCUCCUACAGUGAGAAUGUCGGAGCCCUCGGCAUCACAAAGGUUGGAAGUCGCAUGGUGAUCGUGGCUGCGGGCAUCUUCUUGAUAGCCAUGGGUGUGUUUGGUAAAGUGGGAGCCAUAUUUUCCACCAUCCCAUCACCCGUCAUUGGGGGGAUGUUCAUGGUUAUGUUUGGGGUCAUUUCUGCGGCAGGAAUUUCGACUCUUCAGUAUACAGAUUUGAAUUCGUCUCGCAACAUCUUCGUUUUUGGUUUCUCCGUGUUCUCGGGUCUGGUUAUACCUAACUGGUUAUUAAGGAACCCACAAGCUAUUUCUACAGGUGUGGCCGAGAUAGACCAGUUGCUGCAGGUUCUUCUAACAACAAGUAUGUUUGUUGGAGGCUUCUUUGGCUUCUUACUAGACAACACAAUUCCAGGAACCAAGCAGGAACGAGGCAUCCUGGCCUGGAACAAAGCCCACGAGGACAGCACCAGCAACACGGUGGACAGUGAAGAAGUCUACAGUCUUCCUUUCGGCCUGAGUUCGUACUUUUCGUCCUCGUCAUGGAUCCGUUACUUACCAUUCUGCCCACCCGCUGUGCCAAAACGCUCCGAUGGAUUUGGAGCAAACGCGACAUCUGAAGACGCUACGAGUCGACAUCCGGAGCCUUCGCACAUCAUCAAUGGAGUCGAUCCUUAGGCGGUCACCUCACACAAGCACACAAGCUUCCCACUUUUGGGGACUCGCAUGUGCAUACAGUGCCAAUAGAGACACUUCAAUUCCAACCUUGGCUUUAUAAUAUCAUUUAUGAUUAUUUAUAUAUCAGUGGUUCUCAAAUGUGGGUACGUGUACCCCUGGGGGUACUUGAGAUUUUUUUUUAAAAAUAUUCUAAAAAUAGCAACAAUUCAAAAAUCCUCUACAAAUAUAUUUAUUGAAUAAUACUUCAACAAAAUAUGAAUUUAAGUUCAUAAAGUGUAAAAAGAAAUGCAACAAUGCAAUAUUCAGUGUUGACAGCUAGAUUUUUUGUGGACAUGUUCCAUAAAUAUUUCUUUUUUGGUGAAGAAAUGUUUAGAAUUAAGUUGAUGAAUCCAGAUGGAUCUCUAUUACAAUCCCCAAAAAGGGCACUUUGACUUGAUGAUAACUUCUAUGUGUAGAAAUCUUUAUUAGGGUCCGCCAGACCCAUCGUAAUUUAUAAUUGAAUCACUUGUUUAUUUUUCAACAAUUUUUUUGUUAUUUUUUCCUCCAAAUAGUUCAAGAAAGACCACUACAAAUAAACAAUAUUUUGCACUGUUAUACAAUUUAAUAAAUCAGAAACUGAUGACAUAGUGCUGUAUUUUACUUCUUUAUCUCUUUUUUUUUCAACCAAAAAUGCUUUGCACUGAUUAGGGGGUACUUGAAUUAAAAAAAAAGUUUACAGGGGGUACAUCACUGAAAAAAGGUUGAGAACCACUGAUAUAUAUACAUAUAUAUAUAUAUAUAUAUAUACAUAUAUAUCAGCACUCCCUGCGACCCUGAAGGCAACAAGCAGUAUAAAAUGGACUAUGCGACAUGAAAUAUAAUUCUCAUAAAUAAAUAGUUGAUUGACAAAGUGCAAGUUUUUCCAA